AUGAGAGCACCGAAGGAGCCUAAGAUCAAGCCGCCCAACAUCGACUCAUAUGAUGGAACUACAGAUCCGGAUAUGCACCUCUUAGCUUACAGGCACCAUAUGUAUGUUCAGGGAACAAAUGACUCCACCUGGUGCAAGUAUUUUCCGGGUACGCUGAAAGGGGUAGCGUCUAAGUGGUUUGAGAGGCUCCCCGCUGGAACCAUUCGCACAUUUUCUGAGCUUGAGCUACUGUUUUCCACUCGGUUCAUGGCUCACAAGGAAGAAAAGAAGACGAGCAUGCAUUUGAGUCGGAUCCAGCAAGGGAAGGACGAGUCUUUAAGGAGUUAUGUGAAAAGAUUCAACUUAGAAGCAGGGCAAAUCCCUGAUUUGCCGGACGGGGUUGCAUUUGAUAAUUUCAUCAGGGGGCUUAAGAAAGGCUCCUUCAAGUUUUACUUGGUAAAGAAAAGUGUACGAACCAUGGCGGAGGUGCUAGAUGAGGCCGAGGCCUUUAUCCAUGCUACGGAAAAUUGCAGCGUCCCAAAGGAGCCUCGAGGAAGUGAUACUGUUGAGCCAGCGGCAAAGAAAGAAAAUUUUGAGAAGAAGAGCCGGCCUAAUGGGACCUGGGCUAUUGCAAAAGAGUCAGACAGAUUUCCAACAGCUGCUGGUCAGAAGAGGUCCAGAACCUAUGACCGGGAGCGAUUUGAAUACAACACAGAUAUGUACACAAUUCUGAUGGACCUAGGGUCCAAGUUUGAGAUUGAUCGGCCGUUUCCCAUGAAAUCGCCGCCGGAAAGUAGGGACCCCAAGCUGUAUUGCCACUUUCAUAGUGACAUUAGACAUGACACUAAGGAAUGUAAGAGCCUGAAAAGGGCACUGGACGGCCUUGCCGCUAAGGGUUUCUUAAAGAGUUAUAUCAGCAGAAAUACUGGAGGUUCAGGAAAACCGUUCUACAAAAAGAACAAGUCACCUCCCUCGGAGGAGGAUGGAAACUGUACUGAUCCGGAGUGUGUGGCCGUCAUAUCAGGAGGAUUGGCCGCCGGAGGGCCAACCAUGAGAGGUCACAAAGACUAUGCCAAGCGGCUGGGGCAAGUGAUGUUGUCGGGAAAGGCCACAGCCGACCCGUUCCCAAAAGUAGAAAUCGGCGAGGCCGACCGUGGAAAAAUAGCUACCCCACAUGACGACCCACUGGUGAUCGAGCUGAAAACUGCCAACCUAAGGGUUAGGCGCAUCGUGGUUGAUACAGGGAGUUCGUCAUACAUAAUUAGCCUUGACUGCAGCAUGAUCCCUCAAAAAUAG